AUGCUAUUCAAACAGCAGGCGUGGCUGAGACAGAAGCUUCUGGUCCUGGGAAGCCUUGCCGUUGGGAGUCUCCUGUAUCUUGUUGCCAGAGUUGGGAGCUUGGAUAGGUUACAACCCAUUUGCCCCAUUGAAGGCCGAUUUGGAGGAGCCCACAAUCAGGCUGAAUUCCCACUCCGUGCCCUACAGUUUAAGCGUGGCCUACUGCACGAGUUCCGAAAGGCCAACUCUUCCAAGGAGCAGAUUCACCUCCAUGACCUGGUCCAGCAGCUUCCCAAGGCCAUUAUCAUUGGGGUGAGGAAAGGGGGCACAAGGGCCUUGCUAGAGAUGCUGAACCUCCACCCAGCAGUGGUGAAAGCAUCUCAAGAAAUCCACUUCUUUGACAAUGAUGAGAAUUAUGCCAAGGGCAUUGAGUGGUAUAGGAAAAAGAUGCCUUUUUCUUACCCUCAACAAAUCACAAUUGAAAAGAGCCCAGCAUAUUUUAUCACAGAGGAGGUUCCGGAAAGGAUUUACAAGAUGAACUCAUCCAUCAAGUUGUUGAUCAUUGUCAGGGAACCAACCACAAGAGCUAUUUCUGAUUACACUCAGGUGCUAGAAGGGAAGGAGAGGAAGAACAAAACGUAUUACAAGUUUGAGAAGCUGGCCAUAGACCCUAAUACAUGUGAAGUGAACACAAAAUAUAAGGCAGUAAGAACCAGCAUUUACACCAAACAUCUGGAAAGGUGGCUGAAAUAUUUUCCAAUUGAACAAUUUCACAUUGUCGAUGGAGACCGCCUCAUCACGGAACCUCUGCCAGAACUUCAGCUCGUGGAGAAGUUCCUAAAUCUUCCCCCAAGGAUAAGUCAAUACAAUUUAUAUUUCAAUGCUACCAGAGGGUUUUACUGCUUGCGAUUUAACAUUAUCUUUAAUAAGUGCCUGGCGGGCAGCAAGGGGCGCAUUCAUCCAGAGGUGGACCCCUCUGUCAUUACCAAAUUACGCAAAUUCUUUCACCCUUUUAAUCAAAAAUUUUACCAGAUCACUGGGAGAACAUUGAACUGGCCCUAA